AUGAGCGUGGAAGGCACCAGUGUCUCGGCAGGUCCGGGCGAGGGGGGGGGGGCGACGCCGAUUCAGGCUCCUGCUGGGGGCGGGGCUACGGGUGGUGUUGAGGGUGGCUCGAGAGGAUCGUCGGGGCUUGCAAAUCUGAACGACCGGAAGCGUGUGUUGGUUGCGAGCAUGUCGCCGGAGGAUGUGGUCCUGUGCGUGGACAUUGACCCCGAGAUGUCGAGCGAGUGGGCCGGCGCGGGUCCUGGGGGCACUGCGUCGACGAGAAUGCGGGUAGUGCAGGCGGCGCUGAGGGGUUUCGUGCGGCGUAAGGCAUCCUUCAAUCCGAAGCAUCGUUUCGCCGUGCUGGCGCUCGGCGACGGCGUGACGGUUGUCCGGCCGCUGACCUCGGACGUGAGGACCGUGUUCGAGGCGAUUGACCGUUUGCAGCCCCUCCAGCCGCCAGAAGCGUCAUCAUCAUCUGUGGCCGAGGGCGGCGAAGACGGCGACGGAGGAGAAACGCCGUUUGACUUCUCGGAACUCCUGGACUGUAUCGCGGAACGCUUCCCCCCGGCGAAGGACCCCCUUUCUUCGGUGACGGAGCGGAAUCGAAGCUCCGGCGGCGGCGGCGGCGGCGGCGGCGGCGGCGGCGGCGGCGGGGUGCGGGGUGCGGAAGCCGUGGUGGGAGCGAUAUCGCAAGUCCGACCGGUGGUGCGGGCGUUGGUGCUCUACGGCAGAUCCUUCACCUGCCCGGUUGUGCCCCCAACAGGAGCGGAGAAACACGGGCUGCUGUCGCACUGGCGGUUCUUCCUCGACUGCCUCUACUUCCACCGCAAGCCUUCGGACGAAGGGGUCAUCUGCGGAGAAGUAUUCGACUCGAUUGCCACCAUGGAGACCAGCGGCGGCGGAGGGUUGCUGGGCACCGCGGGAAGGAAGUAG